GGUCAAAGUCUCGUUCUCACGUGAAAUCCAAAAUGGUGGAUAGGGGAGGACGUUUGAUGUGUUUUGUGUCUUUUUAAGCUAAAUAAUGUCAGAAAACUGGAAAAGACUGACAAAGCUCUUGCAGGCUUCCGCCUCGAGCAAAUACACUCGCGAAAAGGUGCUUGUAGGCAUAGCAAUAUGUGCUUUCACGACAUAUUCUGCCAGAAGAUUGUACCCAAGACUUCUUAAAAGCUUAAAGAAAAGAACUAGUGGGGCUAACGACCAAUUCUCGCCAAAGAAAGACUCUCCUAAUGUAGAUAAACGAUUCUUCAAACAACUUAGGUAUUUACUAAAGUUGAUUUUCCCACGCAUUUGGUGUAAGGAGAUAGGAAUUCUGUCUUUACAUACAUGUACUCUAGUUGUUAGAACAUUAAUUUCAAUCUAUGUUGCCAAACUGGAUGGAAAAAUUGUGAAGACCAUAGUGAAACGAGAUGUUAAGGCAUUCCUCCUACUUCUUAUGCAAUGGAUAGGUAUUGCGAUCCCAGCAACAUUCGUCAAUAGUUUGAUUCGUUUUUUAGAAAGCCAGUUAUCACUUGUGUUCAGAACAAGAUUAGUUGAGAAUGCUUAUCAAGCAUAUUUCCAGGACCAGACAUAUUACAGAGUCAGCAAUCUUGAUAGUCGGUUGCCAAAUGCGGACCAAUGUCUCACUGAAGACAUAACUCUGUUCACAAAUCUGUUAGCACACUUGUACUCACAUAUAACAAAGCCGCUAUUAGACGUUGCGCUGAUGUCUUUCACGCUGUACAGUCUUGCCGCUAGUCGAGGAGCUAGCUCAUCCGUUCCCACCAUUGUAGCAACAACUGUGAUAUUUGUAACAGCAGAGAUUCUCAGAGCUGUGUCCCCAAAGUUUGGCAAACUGGUGGCUGAAGAAGCGAAUCGGAGAGGUUUUCUACGUUAUCUGCAGUCAAGAAUUAUUACAAAUGCAGAAGAGAUAGCUUUUUAUGGCGGACACAAGGUUGAAUUAGGCUUACUGCAGAAAGGGUAUUUGAGACUGAAGAAGCAGAUGGAGGUGAUAUUUUGUAAGCGGCUAUGGUACGUUAUGUUGGAACAGUUCCUCAUGAAAUAUGUGUGGAGUGCUAGUGGUCUCAUCAUGGUAGCAGUACCCAUCAUCACCACUGCAGGAGUCCGCUCAGAUGGUUCACGUGUGAACGAUGAUUUAGAUGGCGGUGUCAGUGAAAGAACACGUGCCUUCACCACAGCCCGGAACUUACUGAUAAACUCCGCAGAUGCCAUUGAGAGGAUGAUUUCGUCGUAUAAGGAGAUCACGGAACUGGCUGGUUACACAUCACGCGUGUACAACAUGUUCACGGUGUUCGAUGAUGUCCGCAGGGGUAAAUACGAGCGUAACAUGGUGACGCAGGAUGACAAAACCUCGACCAAGAAACAGCUAGAGAAACUGGAAGGGCCCCUCACUGCUGGAGGCGAGGUUGUUAUUACUGAUGGCAGUAUCUACAUCAAGGACAUGCCCAUUAUAACACCGAAUGGUGACGUGAUAGUGAAAAGCCUGUCAUUAGAGAUGAAGCCAGGAACCCAUCUCCUGAUAACAGGGCCGAAUGGUUGUGGGAAAUCCUCUCUGUUCCGGAUACUGAGUGGGUUAUGGCCGGUGUACAGUGGAAAACUACAUCGACCCCACCCGUCUGCUAUGUUUUACAUUCCUCAGAGACCAUACAUGUCUAUCGGAACAUUACGGGACCAGGUUAUCUACCCUGACAUGCCGGAGGACAUGAGCAGGAAGGGUUUUACUGAUGCAGACCUCCUUGACAUUCUUAACAUUGUCAACCUUCACUACAUCGUGGACCGGGAGGGAGGAUGGAGCGCAGAGAGUGACUGGAAAGAUGUGUUGUCGGGCGGCGAAAAACAAAGAAUGGGCAUGGCACGGAUCUUCUACCACAAGCCUCAGUUUGCACUACUGGAUGAAUGCACAAGCGCUGUGUCUAUUGAUGUGGAGAGCAAGAUUUAUCAGACAAUCAAGGACAAAGGAAUCACCCUGCUGACUAUUACACACAGGCCAUCACUCUGGAAGUUCCACUCGCACCUUCUCCAGUUUGACGGGGAGGGGGGCUGGAGACUGGAGAAGUUUGACACCUCCACCCGCCUCUCCCUCAACGAGGAGAAACAAAAGCUUGAAAACCAGCUGGCAGGAAUUCCCAAGAUGCAACAGAGGCUUGCAGAGUUGUGUACCGUGCUUGGGGAAGACUCAGUUCUUCUAAACAAACAUGGUAGCUUUAAUGACCUGGAAACCCUGCAAAGAGAACUUGACCAGGCCGAUGAGGAAGAAGAAAGCUGAUCAUUGGUCAAUUUGUGUAGAAUAUGAAAUUUGAUUGGUUUUAAAUUUGAGUAAUUGGUAACAAGACACUUGAUUGGUCAAUUUUGUGUAGACCUGAAAUUUGAUUGAAACUUUGAGUAAUUUUUCAACAGAGCUAUUGAAUUCUGUAGGCAUGUUACUUGAUAGGUUCAAAAUUUGCAACAGUUAUUUGAUUGGUUCAAAAUUUGCAACAGUUAUUUGAUUGAUUCAGAAUUUGCAACAGUUACUUGAUUGGUUCAAAAUUUGUAACAGUUAUUUGAUUGGUUCAAAAUUUGUAACAGUUAUUUGGACAGAAUUAUAUGACAUAAAAAUAUGAUUUGAGUCCAAUAUUGAUUUUUUGUUGAAGAAUUGUGAUUUAAAUUCAAAAAUUUACGUUUUAAUUGGUAAAUGAUUUAACAGCAAUAUUAAUUGGGUACUUAAUAUUGAAUUAUUUUAAUUUUAGGAUAUUAGAUUUAUUAAAUGAAUUCAGUUGUGUUUAUUAAUUAAAGGGACACCCUCACUAAUUUUAUGUUGCCAACACAUUUUUUAAACAUUGUUAAAAUUUAGUUUAUUUUAUUAAAUUUUAUGAAGAAAUACCAAAUGGCAACUAACAGAUCUACAUUUGAACAACUAUUUGUAAUGAUUAAAUCCAAGUCAAAUAUAAUUCAUUUUUCAAUAGCAUUAAGAAUGCUUUCCAGCAAAAUAGAGCAUAAAUUUUUAUUACAUUUUUAAAUUAUUAUUUAUUAUACAGCUCUGAUUUGAACUUAUUAUGAUGUUUCAUCAUUGAAAUAAGGAAUUUGUUUCACACAAAAUUAUUUAAUUUUCCUUAUCUAACAGUAUAAAACAUGACCAGAAUUAUCAUUUUAACAGAUACAAGUUUUAUUGGUGCUAUUUAGUUGAGAUGGUAUGUGUUGUCUGUUGAGAAAGAUUCUUUUAACCUUUGGUUCUGUUUUUUAUCAUACAUAAGUUGACAAUUAUUGAUAAUGUAAUGCCAUACAAAUAAAAAAUGUCCAAUUAUGGGUUAUGUUUAUCUUUCGUUUUUAGGGAUUUGAAUUCAAUUCAAUUUUAUUUAGACAUAUGAUCAUAUGUAGACUUUUUAUACAUUAACAAUCAUUUAAUUAAGAUGAGUACAAAAGGUAAAUCCAUAUUUGUUUGAUGAAGAUGGCAAUGUUUGUAUCUGAUUUCCAAAAUUUAUAUUGAUAGCCCAGUAUUUAUAUAGAGUUCCAGCUUGUUUGUUUUGCCAAGUCAGGCCUUAAUUUCCAAAAUAUCUUUAAAGCUGCUCUCUCACAGAUUGACUGUUUUCACAACUUUUUAUUUUUUUUGUCUUGGAAAGAGCUAAAUUAAGCAUGAAUGUCUGAAAACCAGUGAUAAAAGACUGUUCAAAACGUUGUAUAAAAGUAUAAAAAUGUUACUAAUGCUUUAAUAAAAAUGGAAACUUUGUCAGUUUUCCAAAAAUUUGAGAUCCGUUCUAUUGUGUGUUAUCCUAUAUGACUGAUUUGAAAACACUGAUGCCAAAAUCAGCUGAUUCUGAGACAAAAAAAUGAAAAAGUUUGGUCUAUCUGUGAGAGUGCAGCUUUCAUUUUGCAAAAUGACAUGUUUAAACUCAUAUUUCUAAACCUAACAUUGUUUAUCAUAGCUAUAUGUAUCUUUAAAAUAAUUUCAUGUAAUGUCGAAAGAUAUAAAAACUCUGAGUUUUAUCAUUUAUGCCAUUUUCUUGAUUCCGAUACAAGUGACUUAAAGGCAGUGUUUAACCCCACCUUAUCCCCACCACCAUCCCCAUCCCGACUCAUUGUUUGUGUCUAAAAUGCUGAUAACGGUAAUAUCAUUUUGGGUACAUAUAAUGUGUUAAACAACACAUCUGGGGCCGGUUGCUCAUAACCUCAGUUAAAUUUAACGGCUCGUUUGUAACGGUCAGUUAUGGAUUUACCUGAUGGUUACGGUAACGUAUUGAUAAAUUUAAUUCAGGAUUUAAGCAACCUGCCUCUGAAGAUAUUUAAUGCCUUUAAUAUACAAUAUAUGUCUUGUAUAUAAUGAGUCAGACGCCUGUGACUGUCACCCAAGAGGUUAUUGGUUUGUUACCUUCACCAGGGGGACUUUCUCAAGGUCUCUCAAAAUUGCCACAAUAACAUUUACUGGUUCCACUCAUAAGUGCUUUUAUAAACUAUCAUUUUCAUCAAAUGCUAAAAUAAAUCAAUUCUGAUAGAUUAAAGUCGCUUUUUGUCUUGGAGAAUGUAUAACUGGUUUUGUUCUGUAAGACCAGAGUUAUAGCCCUUGAUGUAGUGAAACUGGAUAAUUUAAUGAAACUGGAUAUUUUAGUGAAACUGGAUAUUUUAGUGAAACUGGAUGACUUAGCGAUAGUGAAUCCCAAAUUUUUGUGUCAAAUUUUUUUCUACAAAUAAUUGACCUAGGGUUUUGAAACUUUAUAUUGUGUUUAACUUUGUCACUCACUUUGAUUGUUUUUUUAAAAGAAUGUAAUGUCCAUGACAUCAUUUUGUUUGAUAUUUGUAAAACUUACGCGCUAUUGACUAAAAAAUUAUGAAUUUUGUGUACAAUGGGGCAUAUAUAGAAGCGGGAAAACGAAAUUGCGCUUUUAACGAAGUUUUUCUUAAAUACCGGUAGUGUUAAAUUAUAUCAGGUUUACCUCAAUUUUCUAGUACACCAAGGGAAUUUCCAGUGAAUUAAGCCGUGCUGGAAAAUUCUGGCACCCCCCCCCCCCCCCCCACCUCCCAUGCCAGAUGUGACAUAAUACAUUUUACUUUUUUAAUUAUACACUUUAUGUAACCAUAAUUAUGAGAUUUUAAUAGAUGAGUUCCAUAGACAUUAGCUUUACAAAAAUAUAUCUUUAAAACAAAACAAAAUAACCAUUAAAAGAUGUGAUACUAAAGGAAGUUUUUGAUGUAUGCAGUCACUAAAAAUCACUGCAGGUCAUGACGUCAGUAAACAUCUUGCAAGCGAUCCUUGGGCAUGCAGCAUACCCGGUAACUCGGCAAGCUGCGUUACCUGGUAAUGCAGAUGCCCUUGGGUCGGAUUUUUCUUUCCGGAACGGAAACACAUGACAGAUAUUAUUAGUAUAACACAUGAUUAUUGCUGAGAUGAAACCAUGUACUUCAGUAAAACAUUUUAAAAAAUAUUUCGAAUCAAAACAAUUUGUUAUUUCUGCGGUUAUCUUUGAUUUAUCAUAUUUUGCAUUGUUUCCAUUUUCCGCUAGUAUGUAAUAUACCAGAACUUGUUAUUAAUAGAUCGGGUAAGACUUGUUUAGUGGUAAAGGGGUACCCUUCUUGCCCAAGAGGUCGUUGGUUUGAUCCCCACCUGGGGUACUUUCUCAUGGGUUCUAAAAAAGGACACCCAUACUGGUUUGUACCCAGGAAACAGACUGGAGAGUGAAUUUUAUCAGCUUUCAGCUGACUUCACAAUCAAGCUUAUUGAGUUUAAAUUAACAAUUACUGGUGAGUUGGAGCUGUAACUAAUUUAGACAUGUUUCAUGCUGUUUAUAAGUAAUGCUCAAAUCUAUAAGUAAUUCUCAAUCUGAGCAUAGUUUCUUUUUAUCAAUGUAGUCAUUUUGUUGUUGUUGUUGCUUUUGCUGCUGUUGAUUAAGUAAAUAUAUGUACAUGUAAACAAGGACUUAGAGCACACUGCCCCUCAUUUUUUCCCAGACAAUCAAAGUUUGAAGGGGAGAUAUUAUCAGUGGGUCCAUUACAAUAUUUCUUGGCUAGAGUUUAACUUUCAAACUCCUGCAUGGAAUUUAGAAAAACUUCAUACAAUGAUGAAAUAUAUUGAAAGGAAGUGCACUGAAGAAGAUUUAAAUGCAUUUGACCAUGUUCUUCUUCUUUUAAAAGAAAAUAUAAAAAUGAACCAACAAAUGUACCCUCCUCCACAGCCUAGUCAUAUUUAGGUGAGAUUUCUAAAUUUUUCACUGCCAUUUCCUUAAGCAGUGUUCAGGGAUAUAAAUCAUGUUCAGUGAUACCUUUUGUUAUAUACUUUCAUAUAGAUGUAACGAUAAGUAUAUUAAAAUAAAGGAAAUAUUGAUAAAAGAGUUGAGCCCAACCAUUUUUGGAGCAAAAAUUCUGGGUAUUGUGAUAUUUUGUCGUUGUUGCCAGCAUCAUCAUCUUGCAAAACUAGAACUCAAUUUUUUUUUAAAUAUUCAAAUGUAACUUAUGUGUCCGUUGUCAGCUCAAACAUAUUGUAAACAUAUAUAUCCAAUUGCUACAUUAUAUGGUAUUCACUUAUAAAUAUGAUAUAUUGAAAAAGAUUUAAAUGAAAAUAGGGUUUACACAUCUUGCCAAAUGCUGAAUGCACAUUUGUACCAUGGCCAAGAACUCUGACUUUAAUAUUUAAUUGUUAUGCCCCUUUUUCACCGAAAAUAAAUAGAUGAACAGCUCUCUUUGUUUUAAAAGUAAUGCUAUCAAAUUGUUUUGUCUCUAUAGGAUGAAUAAUUUGCUCAGUUUUUUGUUUGAUUAUCUGAAAGCUGUGUUUGCUAUUAUGUAUUCUUAAUGUAUUUUGAUUUUUAAGACUAGAAUAUAUUGUUUGCAUGUAAACUUAUGAUCAAAUUGUAAAACUGUGUCCACUACACAAAUUGUUUUUGACUAAAACACUGCAUUUUGUCUAGUCACCAUGCAAAUUGAAUAUUGAAAUAUAUAUGUUAGCCAUUGA